CGGUUAGCUCUUCUUGAAUUUCAGAAAAUAGAAAUGUAGAUACGCGGUCUAUGUGCUUAUGUGAUUAACGGUUAAUCUCCUCUUCCGACGACCGCCGCUGAUUUGUACGUUCGUUACAAGGUGAAUUUGCAAAACUUAUUUUCACCGAAGCUAACUUGACCGUGUAAGGGAGUAGAGGAGAAAUUACUACAAUCAUACGCGAGCUAACACUUGCCUGGACCGAUAUAUCUUCUUUUACGCAUUUGACAUUAUUCAUAAGAGAGGAUGGAUCCUUCAGAGGGUGACAAAAAGGAUACCUUCAGAGAGACAAAGAUGUCAGGUGUAGGACGUGGAAGUAUGUCUUGGUUACAAACAGAUAAUACAGGUCUUAGGAGACCACAUAUUGCAUCUAGUAACCAAUCUUUAGAUUCUAUUCCUUCGAGGAGCUCCGAACAAUAUGGAUCUGAACAAACUUCAGGAAGAAAACAGUCGAAAUUGUCCGCAAAUGCUGCCGUAUUUAUUCCAAAGUACCCAAAGUCGGUACAAAAUAGGAUUGACGCAGCUCGCGCAGCACCACCGAGUAUAAACCCUGAGUCAGCACUGAUAGAAGAUAACACUCCCGAUGUAUCUCUGCAGCAAUGCUUGGACAUACCAGAAUUGCAGACGAGUAAUUCCAACAGCACCAAUACGAACUAUGAGAAUUAUCAAGAUUACUCUGACGCAAAGGAACGGGAAGCGGAUGCGAACACAGACGAUCACAAUCUCAUGAUGCUCGAAAGGAUCAUGUAUACUAUAACCACGAGUCCCGGCGAGUUUAGCAAUCUAGUUCCACCGUUUGUAAACAAUGUGAGGAGAGAGGGCAACAUGCGUCACCUGAGAACAUUCAUAACGAACAUCAUCGACUGGUCCAUUGCCGAGAGUAAUUUUCGGUAUAACGGGGCCCGGUUUUGCUCAUAUUUCGACGACACCUCGGAGCCCGACGAGCAAUUGUUGUUUAGGGAUAUGUUGCAUUACUCGUGUCUAGUAGAGGCUCGUAUACAAGAGUUCGAGUGGCAGCGCGCGUCCGACGAUAGCUACGACCAAAAGAAAUGUCACGGACUGAUAUUAUUUUUAGCCGAGUUGGUCGCCCAGAUGGACGAAACUUUCGCCUUCAUCCUAGGAGGUCUCUUGAUAGAAUUUAUCACCAAGAUACUGAAGAGACCCUCGUCGAACAUAGUCAAAUAUAUAUGCCAAGCGCUCAAAUUGUCAGGCCAGAGAUUGGAGAAGGACAAGAGCAAGAGCACAGAGCUCGAAAAUAUGAUGCGGGCGUUCACGGAUCUGGUGACCAGGGGCCAAUUGGACACGCAAGUAGGAAACAUGGUGCACAGCGUGCACGAAUUGCGGAAUAACAAUUGGGGCAGAGACGCGGCUCAUUCUGACUCGGCCAGAAUCAACGAUACAUUGCCGUAUCAUACGCAACAAGUGUCGAACGAGCCAGGCGCGUCCAGUUACGCGUUGAAUUCGUUGAGGACGAACUCGGUGGUGCCCCAGUCGAGCGAGGCGUUGGUGUUCGGCCCCGACGGACAAAUCACACUCACGGAAGAGGAGAGCAAGUUCCUGUACGAACACAUAGGCGGCGAUCAGGAUUCUCUCGACGAUGACGAAGACUACAAUUACGACGAUGAGAUUGCAACUGCCUAUGAGGAGUUCCUGAAAGACAAGUCCAAGUGAAGCUCUCCAGUAGGCAUAGCGAGACGCGCCUAAACGAGAGAACCACUAUCGAGUCUCGCUAUAAAUACGUAAUUAUUCGCUUGAAAACAUACUUGCACACGAUAACGCGCAAAUUGCCGCUGACUGACUAGUGUCGUGUUUCUAACGGGAGACAACACCGUGGAUAUGAUUGUAAUUGUAAAAUUUUAGAACAUCAGAUGUACCAAGUACAUGCACGUAGAAAAAAAGAAAAAAAAAAGG